GGCGCCUCCACGCGUGCCUCGGCUCGUUCUGCUUGAAGGACGAGGUCCGAUCGCUCGCCGCGGUCGGCGCCCUGAUGGGCGGCCGGCGGCCAGACGACGCCUGCGCCGCGGCAUGCCGGUCUUUCCGCCUCUUGCCGUGGCGCGCGCUCACCGCCGAGGACUGCGCGAGCAGUGCCGACUCCGGGCUGCACGAGCGGACAGAGCCGGCCAAAGUCGGCUGUGUCGACGCGUUCGUGAGUCACUCGUGGUCCGACGACGGGCAGGAAAAGUACGAGGCGCUCGCCUCGUGGGCGCGCGCGUUUGAGCACGAGGUCUGCCGGCCGCCGACGCUGUGGCUCGACAAGGCGUGCAUCAACCAGAGCAAUGUCGACGCGUCGCUCGCCGGGCUUCCCGUCUACCUGGCGGGCUGCCGCAAGCUGGUCGUGCUCGCGGGGCCGUCUUACUCUUCGCGCCUCUGGUGCGUGCCGUCGUUGUCUGGCUGCAGAUGGCGCUCUUCACUCUUGUGGUUCUAAAUAGGUGCGCCAUGGAGAUCUUUGUCUGGCUGCAGAUGGGUCGGGGAAAGUCGGACGUGACGGUUGUGCCCUUUGGAGACCACGGCCACGCCAGAGGCAGCACAAAGGAGAAGCGGCUCGGCGCAAGACGCCGCGACCAAUUCUCGCGCUUCGAACUCGCGCACGCACGCUGUGCUGUUCGGUGCGACACGCACCGGCUCCUCGCCGUCAUCGAGGCGGCCUUCGGCUCACACGCCCCAUUUAACACUCUCAUGCGGUCCAUCCUCUCCGAGCGGGUCUUUGUUGGCGCUUGCGGAGAGCUGCUUUCGCGCCGGCCUGCCUCGCUGGUGGUGGUGGGUGCCGAGGUGUAAUAUAGCUAAUUUAGACCGGACCCUACGCGCUACGGCUUUAGACGCUGAGUAGAGAAGUUUAAGGUACACUCUUCCACUCUCGCGACUCCACGUCCACGUCUCAAGAGGUGUAAUUUAUGAGGGUGUACAAUAUAUGUCCAU